AUGGCGACCAAUCUUCAACAUUUGGUGGUGAACGAGGCAAACGGGGUCUCGCUUAGAGAAACGCCCAAGGAGUUUUAUGAGAGACAACCGAGUCAAGGGGGCCAUUUGAAGGACUUGGAGCACUACCAGGAACUAUAUCAAAAAUCAAUCGAGGAUCCCCAAGGGUUUUUUGGCCCUUUGGCCAAGGAGUUGUUGUCGUGGGAUAAGGACUUCCACACCGUCAAGUCGGGGACUUUGAAGGACGGCAAUGCAGCGUGGUUUCUCGGGGGUGAGUUGAAUGCAUCUUUUAAUUGUGUAGAUAGACAUGCGUUGAAAAACCCCGACAAGCCAGCGUUGAUUUACGAAGCAGACGAUGAUCACGAUUCGUACAUUGUCACCUAUGGAGAGUUAUUGCAAGAGGUUUCUAAAGUUGCCGCCGUUUUAAACAGCUGGGGCGUGGGCAAAGGUGACACUGUGGCCAUUUAUUUGCCCAUGUGUGCUCAGGCCAUCAUCGCCGUGUUGGCGGUGAUAAGAUUGGGUGCCGCCCACUCGGUCAUUUUCGCCGGCUUCUCGUCUGGUUCGAUCAAGGAUCGAGUCGUGGACGCUAAUUGCAAAGUAUUGAUCACUUGUGACGAAGGGAAACGCGGUGGCAAAACCAUCAAUAUCAAGAAAUUAUGCGACGACGCAUUAAUACAUUGUCCAAGCGUCACGAACGUCUUAGUUUACAAGCGUACCAACAAUGAAAACAUUGCCUUGAAAGAAGGCAGGGACUAUUAUUGGGAUGUCGAGACUGCAAAAUACCCCGGCUAUUUCCCACCAGUGCCCGUCAACUCGGAAGACCCACUCUUUUUGCUAUACACCUCGGGUUCAACAGGUACACCAAAAGGUGUGGUCCACUCCACCGCGGGGUUCUUAUUGGGCGCGGCCUUGACUACAAAAUACAUUUUUGACGUACAUCCAGACGAUAUUGUUUUCACCGCGGGAGACGUUGGCUGGAUCACGGGACAUACCUAUGCUGUUUACGGUCCGUUAUUGUUGGGAGUCCCCACAAUCAUCUUUGAAGGCACCCCUGCCUACCCAGAUUAUGGCAGAUUCUGGCACAUUGUCGAAAAACACAAGGCAACUCAUUUCUACGUUGCUCCUACUGCUCUUAGAUUAUUGCGCAAGGCCGGUGAACAAGAAAUUCAAAAAUACAACUUGUCGUCCUUGCGGUUAUUGGGUUCAGUUGGAGAACCAAUAUCUCCAGAUAUUUGGGAAUGGUAUAAUGAACACAUUGGAAACAACAAAUGCCAUAUAUCUGACACUUAUUGGCAAACGGAAUCAGGAUCACAUCUCAUUGCACCAAUCGCUGGAAUAACUCCAAACAAACCCGGAUCCGCCUCGUAUCCAUUCUUCGGCAUCAAGGCCGGCAUCAUUGACCCCGUGUCAGGGGUCGAAAUCGAAGGCUGUGACGUUGCCGGCGUCUUGGUAGUCAAGGACCAUUGGCCAUCGAUGGCGAGAACCGUCUUCCACAACCACGCUAAAUACAUGGACACUUAUAUGAACCCUUACCCCGGCUACUACUUCACUGGUGAUGGCGCAGGAAGAGACCACGAUGGAUAUUAUUGGAUCAGAGGCAGAGUCGACGACGUGGUCAAUGUCUCGGGCCAUCGAUUAUCCACCGCUGAGAUUGAGGCUGCAUUGAUCGAAGACGCGAGAGUCGCGGAAGCGGCCGUGGUGGGCAUCAACGAUGACUUGACGGGCCAAGCAGUCAUUGCCUACGUGGCAUUGAAGGAACCACCGCAGCAAGGCGAAGAAAUAAACGUGAGAAGAGAACUCGUUUUGCAAGUGAGAAAAUCAAUUGGUCCAUUUGCUGCUCCCAAAUCGGUGAUUCUUAUUCCCGAUUUACCCAAGACCAGAUCGGGAAAAAUUAUGAGACGAAUCUUGAGAAAAGUCAGCUCUAAUGAAGCUGAUCAAUUGGGCGAUACUUCGACUUUGACCAAUCCGCAAUCGGUUGAAGUUGUCAUCAAUGCAUUCAAAUCUCAAUUUGGUUCAAAAUAG